CAAAAAACCCAAAUACGUAAAACAUUACCUUUUGCCGUGCCGGUGCCAGCGACGACGAAUUCUCAGGCUCCGAUCAUCGAAAUUGAGGUAGAUUGGUUCUGGUUCCUCAUAGCUUACUGAAAUUAGUGUGUUCUGAAUUCUCUGUCGGAUGGAGCUUAGUCCAAACUAAGUCCAAUUGACUCGCCCAAGCCCUCAGCCUCCAAUUUAUGAACACGGUCAUUGAAGCUUGGAUAAUAGGUUUUUCUGUUCUUCUGCUUGAAAAAUAGUGGCUAUUAAGCUUAUUAUGUAUGAAGUAUAUGGCUACAACUUACUAGCUUUUAAUCAGUGUUUAUUCGUGAAGCAAUGAUUCAUGUUCGUCUACAAGUUCUAAAUCAUUUAUUUGAUGAGACAAUGGUGGGGAGGAAGAGAAUGAUUGGAGUUUCUUUGAAUGCGUAAAAUACAUUUCUCUAGAUGCCCAUGAGUUGCCUGUUUUAUAAGAAUUAUGGGACGCCAUUUUUUCUUCAAUAUCUAUUGGACCCAUCUUCCAAUUACCAAAUUGAGAAGUUGCAAAUUUUGUAGUUCUACUGCGCCGCCUGUUCAACCAGUGCUUCCUUCUUUCUCUUCCCUAAAUGUACGAGUGAAAGGGAAGGCACUUGCCAAUCUGUUGCUCGUUCCUGUUUCAAACAAAUCGAUUUUAUACUACAGGAAAGUUCAUUGUCAAGUUGUCUUGUGGGGCUUACAAUUUGAUGUGUUUUUAUCAAACCUUCUCCUGCAUUCAUAUUUCAAAAUUGGGAGUGUUUUUGAUGCAGGGACAUUGUUCGACAAAAUGCCUAAUAGAAACCUAGUAUCUUGGUCUUCUGUGGUUUCUAUGUAUACUCGAUUAGGCUAUAACGAAAAAGCAUUGCUAUAUUUCUUGGAAUUUCGGAGGACCUCGGAUAAUAAUGUGAAUGAAUAUAUUUUAGCUAGCACUAUCAGAGCUUGUGUUCAACGUGAUGGUGGUGAACCUGGCUCCCAGGUCCAUAGUUACAUUGUUAAAGCAGGAUUUGAUGAGGAUGUUUAUGUAGGAACUUCGUUGAUCGACUUGUAUGCAAAACACGGUGAGAUAGAAAAAGCCAGAUUGAUAUUUGAUGGUUUAGUCAUGAAGAGUGCUGUGACUUGGACUGCUAUUAUUACAGGGUACACAAAAAGUGGAAGGAGUGAGGUUUCAUUGCAAUUGUUUAACUUAAUGAGAGAAAGUAAUGUUGUGCCUGAUAAAUAUGUGCUAUCUAGCGUUCUAAAUGCGUGUUCAAUGCUUGGUUUUCUGGAAGGCGGUAAGCAAAUUCAUGCUUAUGUUAUGAGAAGGGAAGCAAAGAUGGAUGUGUCGACAUAUAACGUUCUUAUAGAUUUCUAUACAAAAUGUGGUAGAGUGAAAGCUGGGAAAGCACUUUUCGAUCGAAUGGAUAUCAAGAAUAUUAUUUCUUGGACUACCAUGAUAUCCGGGUACAUGCAAAAUUCAUAUGAUUGGGAGGCUGUGGAACUAGGUAGUGAAAUGUUCAGAAUGGGAUGGAAGGCAGAUGAGUAUGUUUGUUCAAGCAUUCUUACAUCAUGUGGUUCAGUUGAUGCUUUACAACAUGGAAGACAAAUACAUUCUUAUAUUAUUAAGGUUUGUCUUGAACAUGAUAACUUUGUGGUAAAUGCUUUAAUUGACAUGUAUUCAAAAUGCAAUUCCUUGGAUGAUGCAGAACAAGUCUUUGAUGACACGAAUAGUCACAGUGUGGUCUCGUACAAUGCAAUGAUUGAAGGAUACUCGAGACAAGAGUACUUGGAUCGAGCAUUGGAAAUCUUCCGUGAGAUGAGGGUAAAACAUGUUUCACCAAGCUUUUUAACAUUUGUAAGCCUUCUAGGUAUGUCAGCUGCACUAUUCUGCUUGCAAUUGAGCAAGCAAAUCCAUGGCCUUACCAUCAAAUAUGGGGUCUCUUUAGAUAAGUUCACUAGCAGUGCUCUUAUAGAUGUUUAUUCUAAAUGUUCAUGCAUUAGAGAUGCUAGGUAUGUGUUUGAAGAGACAACUAAUAAAGACAUUGUUGUUUGGAAUGCACUGUUUUCUGGGUAUAACCUACAAUUCGAAAGUGAGGAGGCUUUCGAACUAUACACGGAUUUACAAUUUUCAAGAGAAAGGCCAAAUGAGUUUACUUUUGCAGCCCUGAUUACAGCAGCCAGCAACCUGGCAAGUCUCCAGCAUGGUCAACAGUUCCAUAAUCAAGUCUUGAAGAUGGGUCUCGGAUUAGACGCUUUCAUCACGAAUGCCCUUGUCGAUAUGUACGCUAAGUGUGGGAGUGUGGAAGAAGCUGAAAAAACAUUUUCCUCCUCAGUAUGGAAAGAUACGACAUGCUGGAACUCAAUGAUUUCAAUGUAUGCACAACAUGGAAAAGCAGAAGAAGCUCUUAGGAUGUUUGAAAUAAUGAUGAGCAAUGACAUGACUCCCAAUUAUGUCACUUUUGUGAGUGUUCUAACAGCUUGCAGUCAUGUUGGAUUUGUUGAAGAUGGCCUUCAACAUUUCAAUUCAAUGGCCAGAUAUGGAAUUGAACCAGGAAUGGAACAUUACGCUUCAGUCGUUACACUUUUGGGAAGAGCGGGUCGGUUAUCUGAAGCUCGAGAAUUCAUUGAGAAGAUGACAAUAAGACCUGCAGCAUUAGUAUGGAGAAGCUUGCUCAGUGCAUGCCGAGUUUUCGGCAACAUCGAGUUAGCAAAACAUGCUGCAGAGAUGGCAAUCUCGAUCGACCCCAUGGACAGUGGAUCAUAUAUUAUGCUUUCAAAUAUUUUUGCAUCUAAAGGUAUGUGGGGAGAUGUGAAAAGGUUGAGGUUGAAAAUGGAUGUUAGUGGUGUAGUUAAAGAACCUGGACAGAGUUGGAUUGAGGUGAACGGUGAAGUUCAUGUGUUUGUUUCAAGAGACAGAGUCCAUGAGGAGAGUGAUUUAAUAUAUUUAGCUUUGGAUGAAUUAACUGUGCAGAUGAAAGAUGCAGGUUAUGUACUUGAUACCACAAUUCUUGAAGCCAAUGAUUGAGAUAUGACAUUAAAGGAAACAUUCUUGUGAAGAACAGUUCCUAAAAUUCAUGAUUCAUUGAGCUUUGAAAUA